GACCCUACAGGUUCUGAGUCCAGGCGAAGAGAAAGAGAAAAGACUCUGACAGUCACAACACAGCUAGUUGUCACCAGCUUUGGGAUAUCCUUGCUCCCUUAUCUCAUCGUCGCGUGCAUGGGUAUCUAUUCUUCCGAUUAUCGAGAACAGGAUUAGUAUUUUGCUUGUCGAAGACGUUUCCUUCCCUUUGUCUAUUUAAACCCAGCCGCGAAUCCACUGAUCUUCAACUUCAGACUUGCGCACUUCCGGUGAGCGUUCAGACUCGUUUUCAAGCCACGCAUUGCUCGUCUGCAAAACAUAGAGCUCACUUCCUUUUCAAAGUGACGCUUCCCGCGGUAAAGAAUUCAACUGCUGAGGAAGACAAAACAAAUAUGUAAUUCAAAGAUAACAAAAAUUCUAAGAUAAACAUUAUAAAAAAUUUAAAGAAAGGAGAAUUCAAGAAGAUGGUUUUUUUUCUGACAGAAAGGAUCGUGUGUUUAACGUUGAUAUCGCAUUUAAAAACUCCUCUGCGUUUUCUUCCCUUUUCAAGAUUCUCACGCGACAGUUUCAGUGAUCUGAUAGAAUGAUUCUGGAGUCACAAUUUCAGGUGGCAGGGGAAGCUUAUUAUUCGAGGAAAUAUGUACUUAUCAUCGACUUCUUCAGAACACGUUUCAUACUUGCUAAAAGCUGUAAGAAUCCCUUACGAUUUAUGAAAAGUGUGCUAUUUUGUUCGCGUGUUUUUGGCAGCUGCUGUAAAUGCGAGUAGCUCUCCUCCUCCAGUUUCAAAAUGGCAGAACAGGUACAUUUUUAUUAACAUACUUUAGGUCCAAUCUUUGGUCUGAAGUUACCAUGUGCAGCUCUUAUUCAUUGCAAUUAUUUUUUUUACCAGUUUUGUUUAGAUUAUUCCGCAAUAAGUAAUUAAUUCAAUUUUCAACAGCUGCGGUAUUGUCAAAAGGGAAACUACCUCAACUACAUACAGCAUUCUAUUAUUAUCAUUAUUAUUAUAAUCACCAUUUUUUACCGGAAAACAGACUUUGAGCCUCGAUUUUUGAGCUCUGUUGUUUCACGAUGUCAGAUUUUGUCUAAGUACAUAGAAAAUUCAUCACAAAUAAACAUAGACUGAAAAUCCACUUUGGUGGAAAACGAGAUUAUGGGAAAACCAUUUAUGCCGAGACUAGAGCGGUAUAAUAUUUAAGUCUUUCUUCACAUUUUAUCUUCCGCCAUAUGGCUGCCAUGAAAUUUAAACUGUGGAAAAUGUGAUGUAUACCCCGCUAAUGGCCAGCAGAUGAUGUUCACGGCAUACUUUUUAACUUCCCAUCCUAAAUUGUCAAGCAUGAUGACGAUAACUGUGUAAAAAUUCAUCAUUUAGUGAAUACUGUCUUAAAUGAUGAACUAACAAAUUCUCUGAACAAAUAUGAGAACAAAUAUGUGGAAAAUGGUAGGGAGAAUUUAUAUUUCGAGAUUGUGUAAAAGUGUUAAUAUUCAUAAGUUUUGACGUCCAGGUGCCGUGUGCGGGCGUCUAGUUUUCGUCAGCCUCAGCGCAGCUCGUUGAUCAACAUGGACUGCGCUCCAGAGCGUUAAGGCAGCAAACAACUUAAAGAAAGAGGUUUUCUUGAUUGUGGAUGGAAGAAAACAGCAUGACUUUCGCAGCAUCUUUUACAAUUGGUUUUGUCUUCCUCUUGGAAGGUUUCUUUGUAGUGUCAUCAAGCAGUGGCUCAAGUGCUUCUCAAAGUCCCUGUGAAGACACACCCUUAGGAGUUGAAGAUAGCUUACCAAAAUCUAGCUUCUCAGCGUCUUCGUUCUAUAAAGGUUACCCUCCUUCAUCGGCUCGCUUGAAUGGAAAACACGCCUGGUGUUCACAGACGACAAACGUACCAGUAGAAUAUUUGGAGAUACAGCUGCCAUAUCAGGCUGCAACGAUUUGUGCGAUUGCCACUCAAGGGACUGGUUUUAAACACGUUAACCAUACCACCAACGACUCUGUGACAAAAUACUAUGUGGAGUACUCUGACGGUGGUCGAUGGAAGAGCAUUGAAAAGCAAUUUGAUGGAAACAUUGGUGACGCUGAUACAAUCUCAAAACAUGUUUUACCAGCUCCCGUAAAUUCUACUCUCAUUCGAAUUCGUCCACUGAAGUAUAGACAAUGGAUAUGCAUGAGGGUGGAAUUGUAUGGCCAGGCAAGUGAAGGAACUUUAAUCACUACGAGAACUGUUUCAACAACACACACCAGGUCAAAGAGAGCAGCUGAAUCUACUGCAGCCACGGGAACUUCAACGAAACCAACGAUAGCAACUAUGUUAACUACACCAAAUGUAACAACAUCAAUUUCACCGAAGGUCCUGCGUACAUCAACUGCACCGAAGCGGGAAACUACAUCAACUGCACCAAAGGAAGUAACAACAUCAACUGCACCAAAUAUAGUAAGAACAUCCACUGCGCCACGAGAGGUAGUAACAGCAGCAACACCAAACGAAGUAACUACUUCAACUGCGCCAAAGGUAGAAACUGCAUCAACAGCACCAUUAGUAGUAACUAUAUCAAUCGCACCAAAGGCAGUAACUACAAUGACUGCACCAAAAGUAGAAACUACAUCAAAGGCACCAUUGGUUGUAACUACAUCAAUCGCACCAAAGGCAGUAACUACAAUGACUGCACCAAAAGUAGAAACUACAUCAACGGCACCAUUGGUAGUAGCAACAUCAUCAGCACCAAAGGAAGUAACUACAUCAGUUGCGUCAUUGGUAGUAACUACAUCAAUCACACUAAAGGAAGUAACUACAUCGACUGCACCAAAAGUAGAAACUACAUCAACCACAGCAACUGUAUCAACAGCACCAAAGGAAGUGACUACAUCAACAGCACCAUUGGUAGUAACUGCAUUAACAGUACCAAAGGAAGCAACUACAUUAGUUCCGCCAUUUGUAGUAACUACUUCAACUGCAUUAAAGGAAGUAGGUACAUCAACCCCACCAUUGGUAGUAGUUACAUCAUCUAAACCAAAGGUAGUAACUACAUCAACAGCACCACUGGUAGUAUCUACAUCAACUGCACCAAUGGAAGUAACUACAUCAACUGCACCAAAAGAAGUAACUACAUCAACUGCACCAAAGGAAGAAACUACAUCAACUACACCAAAGGAGGUAGCUACAUCAACCCCACCAUUGGUAGUAAUUACGUCAUCUACACCAUUGGUAGUAUCUACAUCAAAUGCACCACAGGAAGUAACUACGUUAACUGCACCAAAGGAAGUAACUACAUCAACUGCACCAUUGGUAGUAACAACAACUACUGCACCACUGGUAGUAACAACAUCACCUGUACCAAAGUUGGUAACUGCAUCAAUUUCACCAAAGGAAGUAACAACAUCAACUACACCAAGGGAAGUAACAGCAUCAACUACACCAAAGGCAGUAACUACAUCAACUGCACCAUUGGUAGUAACUACAUCAACCUCAGUAAAGGAAGCAACAACAUCAACUGCAUCAAGGGUAGUAACUACAUCAAUUUCACCAUUGGUAGAAACUACAUCAACUCUAACAAAGGAAAUAAUAACAUCAACUGCAUCAAGGGAAGUAACUAAAUCAACUGCACCAUUGAUAGAAACUACAUCAACUGCACCAAAGUUAGUAACUGCGUCAAUUUCACAAAAAGAAGUAACAACAUCAACUACACGAAGGGCAGUAACUACAUCAACAGUGUUAAAGGAAGCAACAACAUCAACUGCACCAUUGGUAGUAACUACAUCAACCUCACUAAAGGAAGUAACAACAUUAACUGCAUCAAGGGUAGUAACUACAUCAAUUUCACCAUUGGUAGAGACUACAUCAACUGUACCAAAGGGAAUAAUGACAUCAACUGCAUCAAGGGAAGUAACUAAAUCAGAUGCACCAUUGGUUGAGACUACAUCAACUGCCCCAAAGAAAGUAACUACAUCAACUGCAUCAUUGGUAGAAACUACAUCAACUGCACCAAAGGAAGUAACAACAUCAACUACACCAAAGUUAGUAACUGCGUCAAUUUCACCAAAGGAAGUAACAACAUCAACUACACCAAGGGCAGUAACUACAUCAACAGUACUAAAGGAAGCAACAGCAUCAGCUGCACCAUUGGCAGAAAGUACAUCAACUGCACCAAAGAAAGUAACCGCAUCAACUGCACCAUUUGUAGAAACUACAUCAACUGCACCAAAGGAAGUAACAACAUCAACUGCACCAAAGGAAGUAACAACAUCAACUGCACCAAAGAAAGUAACAACAUCAACUGCGCCAAAAGAAGCAACAUCAUCAACGGCACCAUUGGUAGUAGCUACAUCAACUGCACCAAAGGAAAUAGUAACAUCAACUGCACCAAAGGAAAUAGUAACAUCAACUGCACCAAAGGAAGUAACUACAACAACUGCACCAUUGGUAGUAACUACAUCAACUGCACAAAGGAAAGUAAGUACAUCAGCUGCACUAAAGAUAUUAAAAACAUCCACUGUGCCAAGAGUAGUAGCACCAACAACAUCAAACGUAGCAACUAAAUCAGUGGCACUGAAGGUUGAAACUACAUCAACUGCACAAAGGGUAGUAACUACAUCAACUGCACCAAAAGAAGAAACUACAUUACCUGUGCCAUUGGUAGUAGCUACAUUAACUGCACCUAAGCAAGUAACAACAUCACCUGCACCAAAGUUGGUAACUGCAUCAAUUUCACCAAAGGAAGUAACAACAUCAACUACACCAAGGGAAGUGACAGCAUCAACUACACCAAAGGCAGUAACUACAUCAACAGUACUAAAGGAAGCAACAACAUCAACUGCACCAUUAGUAGUAACUACAUCAACAGCACUAUUGGUAGUAACAACUACGACUGCACCAUUGGUAGUAACUACAUCAACCUCACUAAAGGAGGUAACAACAUUAACUGCAUCAAGGGCAGUAACUAAGUCAACUGCACCUUUGGUAGAAAUGUCAACUACACCAAAGAAAGUAACUACAUCAACUACACCAAAGAAAGUAGCUACAUCAACUGCAUCAUUGGUCGAAUCUACAUUAACCACACCAAAGGAAGCAACAAUAUCAACUGCGCGAAAGGCAGUAACUACAUCAACCGCACUACUAAUAGUAAGUACAUCAACUGCACCAUUGCAAGUAACUACAUCAACGGCACCAUCGGUAGAAACUACAUCAACAGCACCAAAGAAAGUAACUACAUCAACUACACUAUUAGUAGUAACUAUAUCAACUACACCAUUGCUAGUAACUACAUCAACAGCACCAUCGGUAGAAACUACAUUAACAGCACCAAAAGAAGUAACGACAUCACUUGCACCAAACUUGGUAACUGGGACAAUUUCACUAAAAGAAGUAACAACGUCAACUUCAUCAAAGGCAGUAACCACAUCAAAUGCAGUAAAAGUAGUAACUACAUCACCUACACCAAACGAGGUAAGCACAUCAACUGCACCAAAGGAAGUAGCGACAUCAACUGCAUCAAGGGUAAUAACUACAUCAACUACACCAUUGGUAGUAACUACGUCAACAGCAUCAAAGGAAGUAACUACAUCACCUGCACCGUUAGUAGUAAUUGCAUCAACAGCACCAAAGGAAGUAACUACAUCACCUGCACCAAAGGAAGUAGCGACAUCAACUGCCUCAAGGAUAGUAACUACAUCAACUGCACAAAAUGUAAUAAGCGCAGCAACUGCACCGAUGGUAGUAAUUACUUUGACGCCAUUGGUAGUAUCUACAUCAUUGACACCAAAGGUAACAACUACGUCUACUACAUUAAAGGUGGCAACUUCAUCAACUUCAACUACACUAAAGGAAGUAACUAGAUCAACUAUACCAGAGAAAGUAACUAAAUUUACUGAACUAAUGGCAGAAAGUACAUCAACUGCACCAAAGGAAAUAAGCACAUCAAACAUACCAAAGGUAGAAACUACAUCAGUUACACCAGAGGCAGUACCUGCAACGACCUCACCAAAGGUGACAACUACAUCAACAUCAGCUGCACCAGUGGUAGAAUCUACAUCAACUGUAUUAAUGGUAGUAACAUCAAUUGUACCAAAGGAAGUAGUAACAUCAACUGCACCAAGGGUACUACCUACACCAACUGCACUAAAGAUAGUAACCUCAUCAUAUACACUAAAGGUGGUAGAUACAUCAACUACAUAUACACCAGUUACAUCAGUCUCACCAAAGAAAGUAAUUAUACCAGCUAGUUAUACUUCUGACCUACCAUCGAAGUUUAUAUCAACAGCAGAUACAUCAACAGCGUUUAUUAAAGUUUCACCGUCAAGUCCUACCGCCAGUUCCUCCACACCCAAUGUACCGGCGACAAGCGUUAAUCCUGCUGCGACAUCAUCAGAAGGAGACUCAGUGUCUUUGCAAGUUAAAAUUCUUGUUCCUGUGGCCCUGUUUAUCUUGUUGGUAAUCGUGAUCGCAUGUUGGAGGUAUUGCGACCGUGGCAACACGAAUCAAAAUAAUGACGCAGAGCCGGUUGAAUUCACCCCAAUGAUGCCAAAGACAGACGGAGGACCUAAAGCUGACGAGAAAGAGGAGGAUUUGCCGUCCGAUGAAGUCUAACAGAAAAUAAUUUUGAAUUUAUUAUUGCUAAAGAAAAUUAUUAGGAAACAUUUGAUAACAUGCAAAUCGGCAUAAGAUAAUAAAUAGUAAAUUAAUUGAAGUGAAAUACCCUUCGAGGUAAUAUUUUUAGACUUGAGUUUUACAAUUAUAAUCUGUGCUACGCAUAGCCGUAAAGAAUAAAAUUUGCAGAAGCAUUAUAUACGAAGUAUGUUUCCUUAAAAUUGCUACGUUUGAAGUCCAACAGUAUUCAUUGUGAUGUCGACAUUGAAAGGAAGCAAGCCACCAUAUGCUUCUUUCCUUUCAGGAUGAUCAUCAAAUUAAACUAAAUUAGUAAUUUCGGCGUCUUAGGCCGUUUCCACGCUACGCCGGAGGAAUUUGAAAACUCAACAAUUACCGGCCGUUUUGGAUUUGCGUUUGAGCAAA